ACCUGAAGGCAACAUCAUCGGCCGACACUUUUGGCGCGUGCCUUUACAAGGUGCUGAACCUGAAACAUCGUUUGUCUCUUUCUGUCUUUCCUUCAUACUUUAACUAACAAAAAUACACCGACCCACAUUUGAAUUAACAGUUAACUCCAUUGUAAGCAACCACGAUGAUGAGACGUGAAGACUUUCCGGCCAGGCCAGCAUCAGGCAACUUCUCUGUGCCGCUUUUCAACCAGAAGAAACGACACAGGGUCCCUUUGACAUCUGUUCCCUCUGAGCAUGAAUUCUUUUCCCACAGUGACUACACAGCAAGCAGCAGCUCAUCCCUCACCUCUUCAGAUACCUAUGGAUGUUACCAGGCCUCAGGACCCUCACCUCCGAGCCACCACUGGGACAGAGAGAACAUCCCACCAUCUGCUCCACCCCAGCUGUAUGGCAGCAACAGGCCCGCUCCUGGUCGUGCCCCUACAAUGAGAGCCUAUGAUCCCAUGCCACAUCCGUAUAAAACUGAAAGCAGAAGCUCCAUGAUGGGACAGCCAAGCAACGUAGUCAGACAACAGGACUCCAGCUCCAGUGUUAAUUGCAGGCAGAACAAAUAUCAAGCCCCUCGUGGCAGCGAGAGUGCACAGAGCAACCCAACACCCCUCACUAGGUUGUCCCAGAUGGGUCAGAAUUCAUCUCACAGACCAGCCAUUCCCACUCAUCCAAACUCGCAGCAGUCUAGACCAAUUCCUCCCACUGUCACCCCGCCCAGGAGGCCCUCUGCUCCCGCUGUGCAGCCUCAGAGCAAAACCUGGAAAUUUACUAACACUUUUGGGUCACAAGGAUCUUCCUUUGAGGGAAAAACGAGUGCAAAGCAAUCUCAAACCGUUCUACCAACUCAAACUCAGAAGAAAACAUUUCCAAAGAAGCCCGCCAUCGAUGCGUCACUGAGGAUCUUGACUGCAGUUAUUGAUGGCAUGAGACACUGGAGCCAGUUUAAAGACAAAGUGUCGUACUUGUUUGAGAUAUUCGCUACUCUAGACUCUGCGGUCACGCUGGGUCGCUACGGAGCCAAGAACUUCCUCAUGAGGGACGGAAAGGAGGCUGUGCAGUGUGUCUUUUAUGAAAAUGAGCAGGUGCUGCCGCGUCUCAUCCGUGGUCAGGUCUAUCGCUGUGUUGGUAACUAUGACCGCAGCAGAGAUGUCCUGACGUGUGUGUCUGUCAGGCCUGGUCAGACCUCAGAGCUAAGGAAUUCUCAGGAGGUUGUGAAGGCAUGUGACGCUGAAAUGAGGGUGCUGGUCAGGUCGCUCAGUGAAGUGUGAGCAGGAGUAGGUAUCUUCAGCACAAUAAGAGUGACACAAUGUUAUCGUUGUUUUACAAGUAGUUCUUGACCUGUAAAAGUCGCCGUUUCUGUUUGCAGCAGUUAAAUUCCUGUUCUUUCUAUGAGGUUUUUGCACUUAUUUUUGUGCCCGUAUAAAAAUUGUUGAACCAAAACCUUAA